UAAGGAUGGUCUAUGCACCGGACCGGCCGCGGGAUUGGGGACAUCGCCACGAGUCACUGAUGGCGUCAGAUAGUGAAAUCACUCACAUGCACGCGGUCCCGCCGCUCGGCAGGAAUCACCAUGGCUGAACGACUUAGAGCUGUUGUUUCGAGCUUUCAAGACUAGAGCGGUCACAACCCAGGAAGGAUCGGAAGGAUCCUGCUUCUACUAAUCCAGAUGGCCCACAACGUCGUCACCUUCACUAUCGCUUGGUUCUCCAUCGCUGGGUAUUGUAUCAGGCUCUUCAUUAUCGGCGACAUCAUUGGCAACCCCCCAGAAAGCUCUUUCUACGGAAGGCUCCGAUUCAAGUCAGCCACCCCCAUUAUCGACGCAGUUCUUCGGAUUAUCUACCUCUUUGCGUUGAUAUACCAAUUCAUCAUGGCUGUGGGAAGCCGCCCAACCAGGACCGAGAAUACACAAAAUAUCACGGACAAGAAUAUGUGCGUGAAGCAACAGGACCCUUGGGUGAAGGGGCAGCUUGUGGUUAUUAUGAUCACGCGCGCGGAGAAGGCCAAGAAGAUGAUGGGGGUCAUCUUUACAGUUUUCAUUAUUGGGGCGUUGACACUUGUUCUUUCGCCUACUGUGUAAUUACUCGGAGUUCGUGAGGGUGUUUAGGUACCUAGGUAGUUUGGCUUUAUUUGACCGCCAUCCCAACUCUAGCCGUCCUCGACUCAAAAAGGG